AUAAAAGGCACUGAGACAAUGCUAAGCACAGCAUGAUCUGACUGAAUUUACGUUACUGAGAUUCAAACAAGAAUAUUUUGAUUAUGAGAAAACAAACGGACAACACUGUUAUUAUGGUAAGUCCAAAGUUAUCCAGUAAUUGUGAUUUUAAUAAGUUUCAUAAACUCACACCUUUAAAAUGUCAGAAGUUGAAUUCUGCACCUUAAAAUACUCGUACAGCCUUAAAAAAAUUGUUUUUGUCCUAAGUAAAAAAGGAUAUUUGGUGGGAUUUUCCAAUGCUGAUUCUAAUUGUGUUGGUCAUUGCACUUCCUCUAAAUCUCUAAAAUAAAAACACUUCCCAUUUUUCAUAAUGCAUUCAGUUCAGUUUUUCAGCGUCUCUUGCCCUCUCAAUGCAGCAAGUUAUCAGUGUUUGGGUGCGGGACCCACGGAUACGAAAGAAUGACUUUUGGCAUGCCUACAUAGACUAUGAAAUUUGUUUACAGACAAACAGCGUGUGCUUCACCAAGAAGAUCUCAAGUGUGAGAAGGAGGUACAGUGAGUUUGUAUGGCUCAGGCAGAAGCUACAAGCAAAUUCACAACUAAUGUUACAGCUACCAGAGCUGCCCCCAAAGAACCCUUUCUUCAGCCUGAACAGCGCCCAGCAGAUCACUGAACGAAUGAAAGGGCUCCAGAUGUUUUUGGAACAGAUCCUCCAGAGUCCUAUGUUGUUGUCCGACAGUUGCCUGCAUCUCUUCCUGCAGUCACAGCUAAGCCCGUCCAAGAUGGAAGCCUGUGCUGCUGGAAGGACCCACUACUCUGUGACCCAGGCGGUCCAGCACUGUGGCCUGAGGCGAUUCCACUCUGAUGAGGAUCUGCAGAAGGACCUCAGCAUGUCCUGUAACUCUGACUCAGACAGCUCAGAGUGCAGAGAUCCAGAGCUUCGGAUUAAAGAUUUUGCAAAAAACAAAACAGAGAGUACAUCUUCACUUGAUCUCAUGGGAACCAGCCAGGAGGAAACCCUCAGCUGCUUAUGUGGAUCUACAUAAAAAUAUCAUCAUAGCAUCGGCUCAAAUGUUUGGAACUAUGAAGAAGAAAUGUGCCUCUUACCCCAUGAUACUGCUC